UCCACAACGCAAUCAACAUCAUCGUCAACAACAGCUGUCACUCCCACCAGCACUGCGAGCAGUACAUCAGUCGCUGCAUCAACAACCACAACAACAACAGUACCAUCUACGUCUGUUCAACCAGUGACCACGUCUACAGCUGGUUCAACAAGUACAACAGGACGUGCAACUACAGUGAGCUCUGCUGUACCAUCCACAGCCCAAUCAACAGUAUCUUCAACAGGAGUGGUCACUUCCACAAGUACCACGAGCAGUACGUCAACAACAACAGCAGCAGCUUCUACAUCUGUAGAACCAUCAACUGAACCAGCAGUGACCACCUCUACUGCUGGUACAACAACUACAACAGCAUCCGUAACCACAACGAGCUCUGCUGUACCAUCCACAGCGCAAUCAGCAUCAACGUCAGCAACAGCUGUCACUCCCACAAGCACAGCGAGCAGUACAUCAGUCGCUGCAUCAACAACCACAACAACAGUACCAUCUACGUCUGUUCAACUAGUGACCACGUCUACAGCUGGUUCAACAAGUACAACAGGACCCACAACUACAGUGAACUCUGCUGUACCAUCCACAGCCCAAUCAACAGUAUCUUCAACAGGAGUGGUCACUUCCACAAGUACCGCGAGCAGUACAUUAGUCGCUGAGGUACCAACAGGAACAACUCCUACAUCUGUACAACCAUCAACUGAACAAGCAGUGACCACCUCUAUCGCUGGUUCAACAACUACAACAGCAUCCGUAACCACAACGAGCUCUACUGUACCAUCCACAGCGCAAUCAACAUCAACGUCAGCCACAGCUGUCACUCCCACCGGCACUGCAAGCAGUACAUCAGUCACUGCAUCAACCACCCCAACAGCAGCACCAUCUACGUCUGUUCAACCAGUGAUCACGUCUACAGCUGGUUCAACAAAUGCAACAGCACCCACAACUACAGUGAACUCUGCUGUACCAUCCACAGCCCAAUCAACAGCAUCUUCAACAGGAGUGGUCACUUCCACAAGUACUGCAAGCAGUUCAUUAGUCGCUGAGGUACCAACAGGAACAACUCCUACAUCUGUACAACCAUCAACUGAACAAGCAGUGACCACCUCUAUCGCUGGUUCAACAACUACAACAGCAUCCGUAACCACAACGAGCUCUACUGUACCAUCCACAGCGCAAUCAACAUCAACGUCAGCAACAGCUGUCACUCCCACCGGCACUGCAAGCAGUACAUCAGUCACUGCAUCAACCACCCCAACAGCAGCACCAUCUACAUCUGUUCAACCAGUGAUCAUGUCUACAGCUGGUUCAACAAAUGCAACAGCACCCACAACUACAGUGAACUCUACUGUACCAUCCACAGCCCAAUCAACAGUAUCUUCAACAGGAGUGGUCACUUCCACAAGUACCGCGAGCAGUUCAUUAGUCGCUGAGGUACCAACAGGAACAACUCCUACAUCUGUACAACCAGCGAACACAUUUACAGCUGCCUCAACAAACACAACAGCCCCGAAAACAACAGUGAUCUCUGCUGUACCAUCCACAGCACAAUCAAUCACAUCUUCAUCGACAGUCGUCACUUCCAAAAGCCCGGCGAGCAGUACUGAAGCGCCUUCUACACCAACGGCUUCUACGCCAACAGCCCAAACAAGCAGAGUCACCAGCACUGUCCAGGGAACAAAUACGUCUACAAGUGUCACAACUGUGGCAGGGUCACCGACCACGGAAACAUCAAUACCCACGUCCACAAAUCAGACAGUAACAAGUGCUACAGCAGGCAUAGAGGAACCUCCCAUUGGGGUAGUAACACAACCUACCAACCAAGGAUCUGCACCCCGUAACUUUAACGUGACCUUUAGUGUACUGAACCGCCCAUUCACAACAGAUCUACAAAAUCAGAGUUCCCAACUGUACAUCUCAGAAUCACGCAGCGUUGUCGAUCAGCUCAACAAUCUGUACAACAAGAGCAGCGUCAAUACAACAUUUCAAAGUUGUCAGAUUCUAGCUUUCAGGCGUGCGGAUGAUAGCAACACGACAGUAGAGGCAAGUUGUACUUUCAAAGCGACUGGCGCCACUCAGGAUGUGAACAGAGUUCUUCUGUACAAUGUAUUCCGAAACAACACUGAAAACAUCUCGACCUUGGGAACGUAUACACUGGACAGCAACAGCCUCUACGUCAAUGGUUACCAUGAAGGAAUUGCAUCAACCACACCAGCUGUCGUCACACAAGCUCCAAACCUGAAACCGAAUCCCCUCGAUUUCAAUGUGACCUUCAUUAUCACAAACUUGUCUUAUACAAACGAACUACAAGAUCCCAUCUCUGCGCCAUUCAUUUCUACAUCCAGCAAAAUUGUACUGGCGCUCAACAGUGCAUUUAAUCACAGCAAAGCCAAUGCCACAUUCAGCAGUUGUAGAAUUGGUUCUUUAAGUCUGGCAAAUGGAGGGAAAACCGAAGUGUACGCACUGUGUUCUUUCAAGAAUGAAUCCACCGCUCAGAACGUUGAUAGAGUCACUUUGUACCAGGAGUUCAGAGACAACACCAACAGCAUCUCCAGUUUAGGAGAAUUUUCACUGGGCAGCAACAGCCUCUACAUCAAUGAUUAUCAUGAGCCCACACCUUUGACCACGAUUGCCCCAGUUGUAGUUACACAGGCUCCAGUUGGGGGAUUGAAUCUUAUCGACUUCAAUGUUACCUUCAUUGUAACUAACUUGGCGCACGUAAAUGAACUGCAGAAUACCAAUUCUUCACUGUACAUCUCUGCAUCCCAGAUAAUCGUUUACCAGCUUAACCAGGUGUUUGAAGGCAGCAGUAUCAAUGCAACGUUCACAAGUUGCAGAAUUGGCUCUCUAAGCCCAAACAAAGGCAACAUGAAAUUGUACGCAAUCUGUUCCUUCAAAAACAUCUCUUCUGAUCAGAACAUUGCUCGCAUCGUCUUGUAUCAGAAGUUCAAAAACAGCACCAACAACUUAUCCACCUUUGGAAUAUAUUCAAUGGACAACAACAGCCUCUACGUCAAUGAUUACCAUGAAGCACCGCCUUAUAUCACUGAAGCUCCCAUAGUAAUCGUAACUCAAAAUCCAAACCAGGCAACAAAGCCCAUUAAUUUCAAUGUUACCUUCACCCUAACAAAUCUGACAUACAAAGCGGAUUUGGAAAAUGUCAGUUCCCCAGAGUAUAUCUCUGCAUCAAGCAAUGUUGUAAAUUCGCUCAACAAUCUAUAUGGCAAGGGCAAGCUGAAAAAAACAUUCACCAAAUGUAAUCUGGUAUCGUUCAGGUCUGCGGAGAACACCAAUACGAAAGUUGAAGCAGUCUGUUCUUUCAAAGAUAAGCCAACAGUCCCGGAUGUCAAUAAAGUUGCUCUAUACAAUGAGUACAGAGACAACACCAACCAAAUCACUGCAUUAGGCUCAUAUUCACUGAACAGCAACAGCCUCUACGUGAAUGGUUACCACCCACUGCAAACAACGCGAGCUCCAACUACCACCACCGUACCUCCAGUCAUACCAGGAAUCCAAGAUGGGGACCUGACAUUUGAAGUGCUCUUUACUGUAAUAAACAGAAAUUACACUGAAGCCCUCAACAAUCCGGACUCCCCAGAAUAUCAGGCUUUAUCGAACAAUGUUACCAGAAUGCUUUCGAGAUUAUAUCAAAACAGCAGCUUAAAGGACAGCUACAGAAUCUGCGAGGUCACAGGAUUGAGAUUGGGAUCCAUUGUAGUCAGCUGCAAUUGCUACUUUAAUCCCAAAGCUAAUCUGGAGCCGGUGCUGUCAAAGGACGUCCAAUCCAUAUUUGAUGUUGGAACUAACGGCACAGAAUUGCUUGAAGGGACCUAUCAGCUCAGGCCAAACAGUUUGGUUGUGGAGCCCAAACCACCAGUUUCCUCUGGUAAAACUGAAAUACCAUACUGGGCCAUAAUCCUCAUCGUCCUGGCCAUAUUGAUUGCUCUGUUUCUGCUUUUCUUGAUAAUCUUACUGCUUAUUUUCUGUCUGAAGAAGAACAAAUCUGGCUCCUACAACAUAAUGCAGGAUCCUUUAGGAACCUACUUCGCCCAUAAGAAAUAUUACUGAAAGCUCUGUGAACAAACAUUAUGCAAAAGGAAACCUAACCAUGGAGACAAAUGAAGAAUACGAUGCUUCAAAUCAAUGUUAUAUUUAUAUCUACAAACUUGAAAACUUAAGCUACCUUUAAUUUCCUUGAAGCUACAGAUUUUUUCAUUUUUGCAUGCACUGCUUUUUAACAUCCAUCAAAGAUAAUUUGAGGUGAAAUUCCACCCGGGUAUAGAUUUCCUCUAUUUAGGUUGCAGUUCAGAAUUUAGCAAAAUUACUAAUUUCAGCCUUAACUUUGAAAUUGGUUUUCUGAAGUUCUUAAAAGAACACAAACAAAACCUACUUGCUUAAACAUUAAGGGCAUUUCAAUAGAGUGAAAUAAAUGCAUGGAUUAUAAUAAUAAUAAUGAUUAUUA